CGGCCACUCUCCCUCCCCUCCCAGCCUCCCUCACUAUCAAUCUCACCCUUAUUCCCAUGCACACGUUGAACCGGUUCAGUGUCAGUGUGUGGACCGUGUAAACACUACCUUUGGGAUCCGUUUUUCUCUGGAUUAUAGUCGGUUUUUUUCUGCGGCUGCGCCCGGUGUGCGGUGCAGAGUUGAAGAGGACUGCUGUUACCCCACACGCAGGACAAAGAAAACGGGGGCAAAUUAAGGGGGAAAAGACAGAAGAAAAAAGGAAUGAAAAUGGAUAAGUGUCUCCUCAUGGUGGUCGUCGGUGUUUUAAUGCUCGGUGGGUGUUCGGCCCGGAUGGUGACGGUUUCUCCGGGUCCUUUAAUUCGGGUGGAGGGUCAGCCGGUCUCCAUCAGAUGUGAGGUCGCUGAAUACAGCGGGCCUAGAGAGCAGGACUUCGAGUGGAUGAUGACCAGGGUGACAAUCGGGACGAGGAUAAAGAUAAUCUCCACGUUCGACGCCGGGUACUCCGACCCGUCGCUCAGCCAACGCGUCGCAUCCGGAGACAUUUCGGUGGAGCGUCUCCUUGACUACCAGGUGGAGCUGAAGAUCGCCGAGGUGAAGACGACGGAUGCCGGUUUCUACUGGUGUCAAACGCCGAGCACCGACUCUGUGAUCAGCGGAAACUACGAGGCUCUGGUCCAACUCACUGUGAUCCCCAACACCCUCCAGGUCUCCCCUCUGACUCCGCCCCCAGUGGUCUCUGAAGGAAGUGACCUCACCCUCUCCUGUAACGUCACCCGGACCCUCACCCACCCCACCUACCUGUCCGUCACCUGGUCCGUGAAGAGGGGUGCCACCUCCGAGGACAUUUUGGCAUUUGGCCCUCAGGGGGACGUCGUCACGGGGGCCAAGUACGCCCGACGAUACGCCGACGGAGGCAUCCGAUUGGUUCCCGGGAAGAACGGAGUGUUUGAGCUGGUGAUUUCCAGAGUGACGUCGACUGACGAGGGGAUUUACGAGUGCAACGGCACCGAGUGGACGCACGAGGACGGAGGGAACUGGAUACAAAUCGUGGAGAGCAUGAAAGAGAUGGGAACUGUGGCUGUGACCCCGACAGGUCAGUCCCUCAGCGUGAAGGCUUCCUCCUCUUCCUCCUCUUCGUCUCUCCUCCUCACCCCCGGCGAGACGCUGACCCUCCUCUGCUCCGUCGCCGCGGACAACCUGCCCUCCGUCUCCCUGGAGGUGAGCUGGCUGGCGGACGGGCGCGACCUCAUCACCAUGGAGCGCAGCGGCGUAGUGAUCUCCAACACCUCGUCCUCUGGAGGAGCGCUGGGGAACCGGGGGGAGGCGAGUCUGGAGAGGACGGGAGGAGGGGAGUACAGACUCGGGGUGAGGGGGGUCAGCGGGGAGGACGGGGGGGCGUACACCUGCCGAAUCAGAGCCUUCAUCGAGAAAGGAGGGAGGAGCUCUGGAGGAGGCGGGAGGUGGCACAUGGCGGCGGAGAAAACAUCCAGCGCCGUGACAGUGAAGGUGGCGCAGAUCAAACCCAGCUUCACGGUGACCCUUGAGGCCAUCUCGAACCCCCAGAUGACAGCUGAACCCACAGAGCUGGCGUGUCAUGUGACCAACAUUACCCAUCUGCCCCUGGGAGGUCGCCUGGGGGUCACUUGGGGUCACACCACACUUCCUGGUUUAGUGGGCGGGCCUCAGACCUCUAAUUCCAUUGGCUCUCUGGAUGGCUAUGGCAACCUGAUGCCUGGAGCGAUGUAUUCUGAUAGGCUGAAGAGCGGCGUGAUGUCACUGACCAGAGUCCAGCCCGACACGUUCAAACUGCGAUUCCUCCGAACACAGGAGAUCGAUAUGGGCCAGUAUGUCUGCACGGUGUCAGCGUGGAGCGUGAGCAGCCAGGGCGACAUGAUGAACACGGGAGAGGCUCAGAGUGCACCUCUCGCUGUACGAUGGGACACCAAACGUCCCACUCUCAACGUCGUGGCCAAACGGCUCCGUGAAGCCUCGGUGGGCGGGGCUACUUUUGAGAUGAGCUGCGCCGUGGCAACAGAGAACCUCGGGGAGGCGGGCUACUCGGUGCUCGUCCAAUCACAGGACAGCCUGGAGGGCAAUGUGAGGACCAUCAUGACCCUCAGCCCCGACAACGUCCUGCAGCACGGAGGGGCCACGGACCCCAACCGGAGAGACAGUCUGGUUCUGACUAAGUCGGGUCCGGCAGAGUUUCGGUUUCGCCUGGCGGGCGUCCAGCUGUCCGACCGAGGUUUCUACUGGUGCGACAUCACGGCCUGGACCAAGCAGCAGCCGGGCCACACCUGGACCAGAGCCACCAGCGCCGAGUCCAACAAGGUCAAGGUCGACUUCCAGGAGAACGGCCCCUCCUUCUCCGUGGCCAUCCAAUCGGACGGCACCAAUGUGUAUCCGUGGGAAACGGCCAAGAUGGAGUGCUCUCUCAGCGUCUCCGGAUCCUCCCCGAAGACCAGAGCGCACACAGAUGACCUGGCGUACGAGGUGCGUUGGUUUUUCACGCGGCUGCGCGGCGGCCAGACGACCAAUCAGAUUGCCAGCGUGGACCGCUUCGGCGUGGUGACGAAAGACGACCGAAACUCCUCCAGCGACAUCUCCAUCGAGCGCACAGACACACACACCUACCUGCUGAACAUCCACGGCACUCAGGACAGUGACAGUGGGGAGUAUCACUGCGUGGCCACUCCCUGGUACCUCUCCGCCUCCACUGGGUCCUGGACUCAAGCCGCAGAGCUGACCUCGUCCCGAAUCUUCCUCACAGUCAAAUUCGCUGUGUGGGAAUCCCUACAGUUACCUCUCUUAUAUGGAGUAUCAGCCUCAAUAGGUGUGGGCCUCUUCUCUCUGGUCUUCGGACUGGUUUGCGCCCACUGCUGCUGCCGUAACACCAUGCACACUCCUCGCUCACGCAACAAGCUGAUGGACCUGGAGAUGGACUGACACACAGUUUCCCCCGCACCCACACACUGCAGCGCUCACAGGAAAACACCCCUCACACACACCAGACACACGCCCAAAGACGAUUUCUGGGACACCAAGUUGUUUCCAAGCGACGGACGUUGGGAGUAAAACAAAAAAACCUGACUUUAGGAGGUGUUUCUUCAGCUCUGCAGUGGAGGAGCAGGGGGAUUUUUUUUACAAGCAGCAAUGGGACUUCGAUUUCUGUGAAGAUCCGUUGGAAUCUGUGGCGCUUCCAGUGAUUUUUUUCACCGAGAUAUUUGCUCCCUGUUAAGACCAUAGCACUCCAAGAAACUUUUUUUGAGGUAACACUGCCACUUGGGAAUAAAGGACCACUAAACCUGCCUCUAGAGAUAACAAAUGAAGCGCACAUGCUGGACUAUUUCUUCUUCUUCCAAUGCCAAGAGCACCCUGUCUUUGUUCCCUGUUGAAGUUUCUGUUUUGGAGGAAGCACAGACAUUUUCUCUUUGGGCUCAUGGAAGUUGUUAUGCAUCAGCGCCUCAGCAUUUCCUUGUUUAGUCACAAAGUUAUUUUGUAUUUGCAGAGACUGGUGGUUUAUGCAGCCUGAGCCUUAUUGCUGUCACGGAGUAAACGCCAACGUGUCUCCCACAUGAGAGGUAUUGCACUACAGCCACCACCCCAGAGUAUUCCUACCUUAACAGAAAAGGACGAGAUGUACUUUUAUUCUCUACUCUAGUUUUUUGAAAAUUAAGAGAUUUUAAAAAGACAUUUUUAAGCUUUACGAGGAGAUAUGCAGUUAGUGUGUUUGUGUGUGAGAUAUACUGUACGUGGUGCCAAUAUUUGAAAUUAUCGGAGGUGCGCUCGCUUCAUAUCGCCGGGUCAACACUUGAACUGCCGCUAACAGUGGCGACAGCAAGCACUCUUCUUUUAUAGAUAUUCAGAAAUGUAUCCUGCUGUUUUUAUCAGAGUCUCGUGUGUGUUUGUGCGAGUGCCGUGAGACAAAGAGUCGCAUGUACUGUUUUAUAACGACAGAGUGGUGUCAACACAAGCCUUUUCCUGGGUUACAUGUUAGUGACAUGAAAGUCUGCAGAUCUCUCAACCUAGCCGUCACUUAUCUGGACUCUCAUGUCUUCCAGCUGUGAGCAACAUGAGUAUAUUACACAGGAAAACCAUGCAUGUUCCCAAGUGUCACUUCUGCUCUUUAAAGGAAUAGUUAAACAUUUUGGAGAAGCUGUUUAUUUGCUUCAAUAAGAAGAUCAAUGUCAUGCCUGUGCAUUGAGUACAGAGUGAGACUCCAGGUGUGGUUAGCAUGAAGACAGAAAGCGGGUGGAAACAGCUAGCCUAGCUAUGUCAAAAGCUUAGAAAAAUGCAGCUAUAAAUAUGUCUUGGCCUGGAUAAUGGUUAAACUGUCCAUCAAGGAAAAAUGUUUUAGCAUGUUAGCAAGAUAACAUGUGUUAACUAGGUUGGUAUUGAAAUACUGCUUCCAGUCUUUAUGCUAACUAGACUAGCAAUAAGAGCAGAUAAGCUCAUUUCCCAAAAUGUUCCACUAUUUUAUAAACAUCACAUGACUUGAAUGAGUUCAAAGGGCAGUUAACAUUUUAAUAUAUCCUCCCGUUUUCAUUUGAGUUAAGCUAGGCUACCAGUCCCCAACUAUUUCAAGCCUUAGAGCUCAACAAAUUGCUAACUAUCUCGAAACAUAACUAGAAAAUGAUCUGAGAUGUUUCGUCUCUUUGAUUGAAAAGUGUUCCUUUGCACUUAGCAGCCAAAACAAAAGCAUCUGAUCAGCUGUUCCCAACAUCAAUGAGCAUCUGUUGAGUCUCUGAGGUGUUUUUACAGCAAACGGAUGAAUUGUUGUAUCAUGUUGACUGCUGUGUGAACACACACUCACAGAUCCAGCGACAACACACACACACACACAAAGUGUCCAACACCCAGCGGGGUCCAAACGGCCUGUUAGUAACAAGAUGAGCCAGGCUGUCCCUCAUCACUGAGCCCCGUUUGGUGUUUUUAAAUAGUUCUAAAAGGUAUUUUAAGCAACUGUAUGAGCAAUAUCAGGCUGUAGUCAGGUCACAGCUCGUAUUAAGAUGUACUGUUCAUAACAUAUUCUACCCUAAGUCAAAGUUUAUUACGAGGGUGUUUUCUGAUUGGACGUUACAUAUUCAAACCAUCGCUCUGAAAUUGGCCAAUGCAGAAUUUUAUCCAAUCAGGACAAGAUGCCCAAAUCCAUAAAUAUCUCCCCUUAUGAUACUCAAAGUGUUAUUCAUAGCAUAGCAUCCUACAAUUAAAGCGAUAGCAAUAUGUUCUUCAGUUAGGGACAACAAGGGGUCAAGCUGAGACCCUUUUGAGAGGUCUUGAUUGACAGUUACUUCAGAAACUUCCAAUAACAUAAACAGAUCUAUGUGUGUGUGUGCCUCUCUGUUGCAGUGUUCAAAUUGGUUUUAACAUUAUAAUUAACACACACACAUUUACAUUUACACAGGUGAAUAACACACACACACACACACACACACACACACACACACACACAGGUAGCAUCGAUACACACCACUGAACAUGCCACUGCAAGGUUUCCCCAGUGUCCUUUCAUUUUCUCAUUUGACUGCAAUGAGUAUGAUGAAUCAUGUUUUUUAUUUUAAAUAAAUAGAUUUGUAAGAUGUA